AGGGCGUCGCGAAACCAGAACGUGUGCCCACACGCCGCACGGCCAAUGGAGGUUAGUAUAUAAGGGGCCGCGCGGCAUUGGCCCAGACCUAGAUCGCCCCCACGGAGCAGACGCAACCCGCAACCAUGAAUCCGAUGCACCUCUUCGUCGCUACCGUGGUUUGCGUGCUGUUGUUGGCAUUGCCGACGCACCAGCAAGGGUUGCUGGGUCUGAUGGCCACUGCCGCAAUUAUGAGGCGAUUCCGCGGAAACAACCAGAACGAGAACAGCCAGAGCCAGUCUGCAGGCCAGACACCAUUAGCAUCUCAUCCGGAGCCCUCAAUCUACGGCCUGCCUUCGCAAAACGUUCCGUUUUAUGCGGGCGGCUACCCCGGCGCCUACGGCCCUGCCAUGGGCGCACAGCCCGGUCUGGCCCCAGGCUAUGGCGGCGCGUUCCCUGGAGGUAGCGCAGCCUUUGCUCCCGGUGGCGGCCCUAGCACCUACUCGGCCAGCUUCGGUGGUUUGAACUUCAACACGGGCGGCUUUGGUGGUGCACCAGCGGCUUCCACGUCUUCCGGUUUUGCACCCGGAGGGUUCGGAGGGCUUCCCGGUGCAGGCGGUGUGCCUUACGGUGGCUAGAAUAGCUGCUGCUCCCG